UCCCAGUUCCCACCACACUCCACUGAUAUUGUACACAACCACAAAGCUAAUUAUUACUUCAUUCAUCAACAACACUAGAGUAGUGCUUGGCCCAUCGCAUAUUAGACACACAUCAGCACACACACACACACACCCCUUAAGCACUAGCUCCUCGCCCAUUUGGCUACCGGUGGGGCAUUUAGCUAGUAACUAGCACACAUCAACAGUCUUUCUCAGCGGUGUGUGUGCACUUUUACACAAACAAAGCAUAUACGCACUCACGACUGUUGUUACAAACACCGCAUAACCAGGUUAUAGACCAUAGUAGUAAAUACCUUGACAGGAGUCAUCAACACUCAUCAUGCCGCCUAAAAAGUCAAAAAAUGAAACCAGCAAGGUUAAGCAGCAAGCAGCUGACAAAACCUUUGGAUUGAAAAAUAAGAAGGGAAAGAAACAGCAAGAGUUCGUGAAUACAGUCAACAAAAAUGCUCGCCAUCAAUUGGGCGAGACUGAUCAGUCCAUAGCAGCCGCGAAGAAGAAAAAGGCGGCGCUGGCUGCUGAGAAGGCCGAAAUGGAGCUGCUCUUCAAGGGUGUUGUUACAAAGAAGGACAAGGAGGCUAUGCAGGCAGACCCCAAGACAGUUGUGUGCGCCUUCUUUAAACAAGGACUGUGCACCAAAGGCGCCAAAUGUAAAUUUUCUCACGACAUGGCUGUGCAAAGGAAGGUCACCAAACGAGAAGUGUACGAGAGCAAAGACAAAGAAGAGGGUGACGAGGACUGGAACAUGGACUCGCUCAACGAAGCUAUCGAUAAGAAGUUCGGCAAAUCCAACACAAACAACGCCACAGCCAUCAUCUGCAAAUACUUCAUUGACGCGCUGGAGAAUGACAAGUACGGAUGGUUUUGGGACUGUCCCAAUGGCACCGAUUGCAAGUACCGUCAUGCGCUGCCCCCAGGGUUUGUGCUUAAGAAAGACCAGGUCAAAGACACGGAGGAGGAUGUCAUGACCCUGGAGGACAUUGUCGAUAGAGAGCGACAAGCGUUGGGGCCCAAUAAAACACCCGUCACUUUAGAAACAUUCACCAAAUGGAAGGCUAAGAAACGGAAAGAGGAGAAGGCCGCGCAAUCAAAGAAGGACAAGAAGCGAAUGAAUGAGGUGAAGGCUGGGCGUCAAGCAGGCAUCACUGGAAAGGAGCUGCUGUCGUAUCGGCCAGAGCUGUUCCAAGACGAUGACGAGGCGGGUGGUGCAGAGGACUACGCGCAGGAAGAGGUGGCUGUGGAUGAAGAGGUCUUUAAGAACCUGGAUGAUCUGGAUCUAUCGAGUGACGACAGCGACGAUGAUGAGUAAAUAAAGCGACUAAAUAAUAUUGGCC